AACAAUCUGAAAUUAAAUGUUCAAUUCCAUUGAAAUAACAGAUUCUGACGAAGAGCCCAAUUUCGUCGUGGAUGCAAUAGAGACAAAAUGUUCUGGAACUCGGCGGCCAUCAGGCGAAUCAAAAGAAAGUGCAGUAAUUGAAAUUACUCCAAAAAAAGCAAAACCGGCGUUUUUGGCAAAGGGCGCAUCAACGUCGCCAUCUUCCUCGGAGAAAACAACCACAUCCACUGGCACAGGAACAGACGUCAACGAUAAAUCCAAUGCCAAAGGCCCAGGACGACAAAGGUCUCGAAAGAGCCAGCAUCAAACCCUUCGUAUGAGCCCCGCAGACAUACAAUUCGAGACCAUUGCUUUGGAGGAUGAAGAAACACGAAGAGCCAAUAAGAUGGCCAGCGUAAAGACAGAUGAACCACAGCUACAGGGAAAUGUGGUGGACGCCAUUGACAAUAUGAUAAAUGGCCACGAAAUGCAGGCGCUUAUCAAACGCAUUGCCAGGGAGCGCGUACGCUGUAACUUUUUGCUGGCCACCUAUCAAUUGCCCGACAUGAAUUUCGCGCUGAACACUCACAUUGAUACACUACGUUAUCAAUUUCGGGAACGUCUUAGGCAGCGGAACGAACGGAAUUUAUUAAAUGCAGCGCCAACUUCUCUUCCUACCGUACCGACUACAUCUCGCCCUAACUUAGCAACAACCGUCAAUCCCACUAAAGGGACGACCAGCAAGGGAAUUGUCAGAGCCAGACAGCCCCAGUCGUAGCCCAUAGAAGUUUAUACUAUUAUUGAAUAAAAAUAAAAUUCACCCCGCUUCCAGUA